AAACAUCUAUAUCACAACAUGGAGGUCCCAAUUUACAAACACAUUAUGUUUUACUGUUUUAGGAACUAUUUUUCGCUGUUAAUCCAUUUGAAAGAGGUUGUAUUUUUCUGGUAGUGCCGCGAAAGGCCGAAGCAAAGUGGAAGAAAAUGAGAAUCACAAAAUCGCCAACUCCUCAAUUCAUUCAUAUAAAGCCCAAAUUCGCUUUUUUGAUUCAUUUCCCUCUCACUUUAAUCUCUAAUUAUUACCCUUCGCCAACGUGAUUCUUCAAAAUAAUUGCGUUUUGAGUUCAUUCGGCUGCGUUUCAUCUGCUUUAAGUUCUCUCGCCGAAUCCCCAAAUUCACAUUGCUGAACAUGCUUCUUCUUCGGCGAAUUCAUCGUUUCUGAGCUCUGCUGCAUCAAUGGGUCUCAUUAGUAGUAGCAACAACAAACGGCACCAACAGUGCAUGAAUUUGAAUCGCAUGUAUCCGUCUCCGAAUUCCUCAGAUUCCCGCACAUUAAAAAGAGCUAAGUUCCAAUCAACGAGCAUGAACUCAACUCCUUUAAGAUCAUCUCCCACUAGUACUGGUUCAAGAGUUUCCCGGUACCCAAAUGCAGUGCUACCGUUGCAUAGGGAGGUUCACGCUCCUUGCAGAUCCAAAAAGUUCGGUCUUUUGAAUAUUUCAGGAACUCAGAAGGAGAUUGGUAAGGGUAGGGGCAAUGAUGCGUUGCAUAACAAGUACCGCGUGUACCAGCAGGCGAAGGAUUCUGCACUUGCUUGCAUUCGAUUAUUUGAAAAGCGCAAGGAGGCGGCGCAAGUCGACACUGCUGGUCGCAACAAGGAGGUUUAUGUCAUAGAAGAUGAUGACGAAGAAGGACCAUCCAUUGUGACAGAACAGAGUUUGAAAGGGGAUGAUAUGGCUUUGACUGGGAUGCAUGAUUUUGAUGCUAAGGAUGUUGUAGGAUUUUUGCAGCAAUCAACUCCUUUGGUUUCUGAGUCCAUAAAUAGUAAUUUGAAUGUGGUUUAUGCUGAGAGGACGCUGGACACUCUAUCCUUGAGCCCCGAGCAUCCGAAGAAGGAACCACUUGUAGAGCUGGUGUCACUGAAACCUUUUGUUCCUCUUACAAAGGAGGAAGAAGAUGAGGUUGCACGUGCCUUUUCUGCUGACAGGAAGAAGGUUUUGGUCACCCAUUAUAAAUCCAACAUUGAGAUCACAGGCGGAACGUUUCAGUGCCUCAGGCGGGGUGGAUGGUUAAAUGACAAGGUGAUAGAUUUGUACCUGGUACUUCUGAAAGAGAGGGAGAGAAGGAAGGCAAAGAAUUCUCUCCAAUGUCAUUUUUUCAGUACCUUUUUCUACACAAAGUGGCAGUUGAUAAGUGGGAAGAAUGGUUAUGAUUUCAACUCUGUAAGGAGAUGGACCAGUCAAAAGAAACUGGGAUACAUCCCCCAUGAAUGCGAUAAAAUAUUUGUACCUAUUCAUCGAACGUCUCAUUGGUGUUUGGCUGUCAUCAAUCAAAAAGAGAAAAAAUUCCAGUAUCUUGACUCUCUGAGAGGAACAGAUACCCAAGUGCUGGAAGUGCUGGCUAGGUAUUUUGUAGAUGAAGUAAAGGACAAGACUGGAAAAGACACCGAUGUAAGUUCUUGGGAGAAAGAAUUUGUCAAAGACCAUCCUAAACAAUUGAAUUGCUAUGAUUGUGGGAUGUUUAUGAUCAAAUAUGCUGAUUUCUACAGUAGAAAUAUGAGAUUGUGUUUUGGCCAGGGAGACAUGCCUUACUUCCGGCUUAGAACAGCUAAGGAAAUCUUGAGACUAGAAGCUGACUAAGCUAAGGAGUGAUCAAUGACCAUACUUUUGGGUGCAUUUGUGAUUUUGGGAUAUGAUUGAUGAGAUUAAUAGCGUCUGCUUAGGAGGACUCACUUUUUGUCAACAGUUUCAGAUUGAGGAUUGGACUGACCAAGUGACUAUCAGGAUUCUGGAUUCCAACCAGGUAUAUCCACAAUGGUAGUGUAUAAUCCAGUAAAAAUUUGUAUUUGUACAUACCACGAGAACCGAAUCAUUAGAAUAGGAGUCUUGUCUUUUUUCUUAAGAGUUAUUUUUGUAAGAUCCAAUCAUCCAAUCAGACUGAUCCUGUCUUCCUAGGCAACUAGUUUGUUUACCAUUACCAAUUACCAUCAUUCACUUCUA